GUUGAAUGUAUGCCAGGUGACCUCAUUGUGGUUGAAUGUAUGUUAGAUGACCUCACUGUGGUUCAAUCUAUGUCAGGUGACCUCCCUCUGGUUGAAUCUGUGUCAGGUGACCUCACUGUGGUUGAAUCUAUGUCAGGUGACCUCACUGUGGUUCAAUCGAUGUCAGGUGACCUCACUGUGAUUGAAUCUAUGUCAGGUGACCUCACUGUGGUUCAAUCUAUGUCAGAUGACCUCACUGUGGUUCAAUCUAUGUCAGGUGACCUCACUGUGGCUGAACAAAUGUCAGGUGAUCUCACUGUGGCUGAAUGUAUGCCAGGUGACCUCACUGUGAUUGAAUCUAUGUCAGGUGACCUCACUGUGGUUGAAUGUAUGUCAGGUGACCUCACUGGGGCUGAAUGUAUGUAGGGUGACCUCACUGUGGUUGAAUGUAUGUC